AUGACAAAUUGCUCACAAAUUAGCAGUCUACAGCUUAAAAACAAUUCUGGUCCAGUUUACAUAAAACCUGAGCUUGCUAAGCAAAUUCCUCAAUCAAACUGGAAACAUGCUGUAAAACUGGAGCUUAACUCUCAGGGUGCUAUUUAUUGUAUUAAAACUGAGCAAGUUCCUGGUGAAGAACUUCAUGACAUAAAACCUGAGUAUGAUGCACACAUUGAGCAGUCAGAUUGCAGUCACGAGAGUGCUGUGAAAGUGGAGUACCGCUGUCAAGAUGUCACCUCUUUAAUCAAGACUGAGCAGGAUCCUGUGCAAUCUGCAAAGACAGAAGAGCAGCUUGUAUUUAAGAAAGAAGAAGAAGAUCAUAGUCACGUAGUGAAGACUGAGACAGGAUGGCCUGGUCAGCAUGCAAUGUGGCAGCAUGACAAUGAUGAGAAUUUUCAAGAAAUGAAUGCUGCUACGCUUGCAGUUCCUGAGAAUACUGAGGCAGACGCUCGAGCGGCCGUGAAGGAUCUGUCCGAUAAGGAGCAGGCGAUGAUGGAAACGAGUGAUAAUUUGCAGAAGUACCUCAAGGACAUGGAGGAUGAGUUCCGUGGUCUGCUGGACAUGAACAAGAUUGAAGGCGUGGUACCUAAGAUGAAGGCUGUCGUCGUCGUUCUUCUUUGUGCCCUGGUGGCUGUCAGCCAAGCUGGCUUUAUUUCCCCAGGCUACGGCUUUGGUGGAUACGGCUACGGCAUUGGUGGCUUUGGUGGUCUUGGUGGUCUGGGUGGCUUUGGCGGUCUGUACGGUGUCCGAGGAAUUGGCAUCGGCGGCAUCGGCCUCGGCGGCAUUGGCCUCGGCGGCAUCGGCCUCGGUGGCAUCGGCCUCGGGGGCAUUGGCAUCGGUGGCAUCGGCCUAGGUGGUAUAGGAGGAGGUUUCUACAGGGGAUUCCCGUACUACAAGAAAUACGUCUACUAAGAAAUGAAGAAUUCAAGUUGUUGACGUCCAGGAAGAAGAGGUCACCCAUUUGAAGUCGUAAAAACUGCAAUUUCGAUGCAACGUGAACAGCCUUGAAACAAUAAAUCUAUUAACCAACGAA